AUGGCGCCCUCGACCCUCACCGCCCGCACCGAAUACAUCUCCGUCGGCGGCAACAGACAUCCCAGUGCCGCAGACUGGGACAAACACACGGGCAUCCUCGCUUUCGGUGCUAAUAACAAUGUUGCCCUCUGGAAUCCUACUGAUAAAUAUCAAACAGGAGUAUAUGAACUGUUGACCGGCCAUACCGAUGAAGUCAACGCGGUCAAAUUUUACACACUUCAAUCUUCAGAUGGUGGUUCCUCUCACUUUCUCCUCACUGGCUCUACAGAUCGGACGAUACGGGUAUGGCGGCGGCGGGACGAUAAGUCUAUUAUAACCUCUACGCGACCCUCAUUUUCUCAAGUUGCAACUGUCCACGACCACGAAGGCUCGAUAAAUUGUAUCGCCGUCACCUGCGGGUCUGAGCUGUUUGUAUCCGGUGCGGCGGAUGGGACAGUGCGGGUGUGGAGACUUAGAGAGAUUAAAGGGAACACUGAUGAUGAUGCUGGUGCUGCUCCUCCUACAAUAGACUGCCAAUUGGUACAGACGAUCACGCUGAGGCCGAGAUAUUUAGCGCUGACGCUUGCAUUAAGGGUGCUUAAUGGGAAGGAAGGGGGGAAGAAGAAGGGUGCUGAGUCUGCGCCAUCUGUAGUCCUGGCUGUGGGUGGGACGAGGACCACCAUACAGAUAUAUGUUCUGCAGGAAGGGAGAGGCGAUACAGAGGCGGAGGGACAUCAGUUUGAACUUAAAGCUAACCUUACGGGCCAUGAAGCAUGGGUAAGGUCUCUUGCUUUUACGGAUAUUGAUGCUGGGAAGAGUCAAUCGCAAUUGCCUGAUUUAUUUCUUGCGUCUGCAAGUCAGGAUAAAUACAUUCGUCUCUGGCGCAUUCAUGCAGGCGAUGAUGUUGCCCCGGCUCGAAAUGGAGUUGAUGAUGAAGGGGUAAUAUCGGCACGGAACCUGGAAAAGACUCUUUCUAACAAAGCGCAUGAAUUCGAGGCGAGCGGGUCGAAGUAUUCGAUUACUUUUGAAGCUCUCCUUUUCGGCCACGAGGACUGGAUAUACACUGUCGCGUGGAAUUCAGACCCUAAAAACCCAAAGCUCCUCUCUGCCUCAGCGGAUAACUCGCUCGUCAUCUGGGAGCCUGACCCGGUAUCUGGUGUCUGGUACUCCGCCGCACGGAUGGGUGAGAUCAGCGCUCAAAAGGGAUCUACGACUGCCACAGGAAGCAUCGGUGGAUUCUGGAUUGGCCUCUGGUCGCCCCGUGGUGAGAAGGUGGUCAGCCUAGGCCGCACAGGUUCCUGGCGGCUUUGGCAAUAUGAGAACGAAAUGGAUUUGUGGGUACAGAAUAUCGCUGUUACCGGCCAUGUACGGUCAGUUAAUGGGAUUGAAUGGGAGCCCACGGAUGGGGGAUACCUGCUCUCGACUAGUUCAGAUCAGACUACGAGGCUACAUUCGAGAUGGAAACAUGGCGAUAAAGAUGGCGGUUGUUACUCUUGGCAUGAAUUUUCCCGCCCGCAGAUCCAUGGCUAUGAUCUUAACUGCAUCGCUUCAUUGGGGCCAUGGCGCUUCGUUUCCGGCGCUGAUGAAAAGCUGCUCCGAGUCUUCAACCAGACGAAGGCAAUCGCAAACCUCCUCGAGAGGCUAACCGGCUUCACCGGCGGAGAGAAGCCAGCCGACAUGCCUGAAGCCGCCAACAUACCAGUCCUCGGUCUCUCCAACAAAGCCGCUGACGACGACGUAGAUCUCGAUGACGACGUGGAAGGAGACGUUAUCCAAUCCGACUCAGACCCAAAACCAAGCACAGAAACCUCUGCCCUUUCACCUCCCCCACCCACCUCUUGA